AUGACAUUGGCAAUGUUUCUCGGUCUACCAUGUUCAUCUCGCGAUGCAUAUACAUCUCCUUCUCCCACAUACUCGCCAGUCGAAGAUUGCUUCCACAAAACGUUUUCAAGAAAAGGAAUAUUCAUCGUAUGUUCUAUAAAUAUCAGUUUUGUUAUAUCAUCUAUUUUAAUCAUCUUAUAUGUUAUAUAUCAUCUGUUAUAUCAUCUUCUACGUUUAAAGAAGUCCAUAGCGUAA